AUGAGGUACGCAAAUACGCAAAUUAAUAGAAACGGGAUAGCGUUGAAAAUAGAAUACUUUAUAACGAAUGAAGCAGUUGCUAAUAUCUUGGCUUAUGAAGCGGGAACGAAGACUUUAUUUGACAUACCACGUGAACAUUAUCGACCGGUUACAGAUUGUAUGUUUGUUACUUCUGAAAGCGGGCCGUUUUCUUAUAUAUCGUCAACUAAUGAUGAUAACGUUUGUGGAAUAUAUUUUUUAACUGAUCCCGAUCGCGUAAUAGAAAUACAUUUCCAUAGCUUCGAUGUUCCAUGCGAUCAUCGUGGACUUCUAGCAGUAAUCGACGGUUGGGAAUUGAAUGGCGAAAUAUUUCCAAGCGAGAACGACCAUUCAUUAUCGAUGAAAGAAAGAAUGAACGAGUUCUGUGGUAAAAACAGGUGGUACAAGAAAAUUUUUACCAGUUCGCAAAACGCUGCAGUUCUCCAAUAUAGAGUACCUCUACGUGGAAAAGGUUUUGUCGUAUCCGCAAGAUAUCCAAAAAAUCCAAGACCCUGCAACGUCUUGUCGGUCAGCACGACGGAUCCAUUCACACUUCGCAAUUACGGCAGGCGGAUUAAUUGCACUCUCAUGGCGGUGUAUCCCGGUGCCGUACGAAUAAUCGCCCUCGGAAUCGGCGGUAGCAGCUCGCAUGGCGUCGUUCGCACGACCGAAACCGGCAUUUUACACAAAUGCGAUACGAGGAGCCCGCGAGAUCAAUUGCAGAUCGGAGGCAGCCGCGGCUUCGACACGACGAAACUCGACGUAAUUGACUCCAUUUGCGGCAUUGAUUCCAAACCCGAUGUAAAGGAGCUGGUGGCGUACGACGUAACACGAGUCCGUUGCGUCGUCGACGAUCGCCGAGUGCAUUGUGAAGCCUGCGUAAAAGUAAGAGGUACCAUAAUGACGAUCAAGUAG